ACUUUAGUUUUCUUUAUAGAGGGUUUAUUAGGUUAUAUUUAUUUUACAAUUUCAAUAUGUUUUCCAGAUCAAUUUUACGAGCAACAAGCCAGGCAGCACUCAGAUCAACCGGGGCCAGAAUAAUAACCAAUCCAAGAGUCAUGAUUCCAACCGUAUCGCCAAUUGUUUCCGUGGUCAAGAGAAGCUAUCACGAAAAGGUCAUUGAUCAUUACGAAAACCCAAGAAAUGUCGGUACUUUAAACAAGAAUGACAUCAAUGUUGGUACUGGAUUAGUUGGUGCUCCAGCCUGUGGGGAUGUCAUGAGAUUACAAAUCAAAGUAGAUGAGGCCACUGGCAGAAUCGAAGAUGUCAAGUUCAAGACAUUUGGCUGUGGAUCCGCCAUUGCUUCCAGUUCAUAUGCUACUGAAUUAGUCAAGGGAAAGACUCUUGAUGAAGCUUUACAAAUCAAGAAUACCUUUAUUGCGCAAGAAUUGUCCUUACCACCAGUCAAGUUGCAUUGUUCCAUGUUGGCUGAAGAUGCCAUCAAAUCGGCCGUCAAGGACUAUAAGUCAAAGAGAAGUGGGCUUAAACCUACCCUUGGUCCAGAUGCAGUUGCCAGUGCCGGUGUCGGUGCUACUGCUGCACCUGCUGCUGCUUAAAAAAGCAAACCACAAGAGAACAGGCUUCCCCUCUCCCCUCUACCCUAACAAUAUAUAUAGACAUCCAUACGGGUGGAGGUAAGCUAUUGUAUAUUGUAUCUUUCAGUGUGUAUAUUAAUUAAAUCAGAGCAAUU